AUGGAUGCAAAACAACGUCAUGAUGCCGUGAAGGAAUUUCAAACGGGUUCCAGUCGAAUCUUGGUAAGAACAGAUUCGCUUGGAGGUGAUAAUGAUAUUCCACAAGUUAGUCUUGUUAUCAAUUAUGAUCUACCGACUAAUCGUGCGAACUAUAUUCAUCGUAUUGGACGUUAUGGUGCAUUCGGUCGAAAAGGCGUGGCUAUCAAUUUCAUUAUCAAUGAUGAACAACCAACAUUACGCCACAUUAAACAAUAUUAUAAUACACAAAUCGAAGAACUGCCCAUGGACAUCGCCGAUUUGAUUUAA